CACAGUUUGGUUUGGACCAUAGACCAUUAAGUAUGGUUUGGUCUGGUCCAUGGUCUGGUCCCUACUUCAUUCACAACCACCUUUAACUAGAGAGUAGAGAUAAUAGUGUCUCCAUAUGACAUUAUGUUAAUGUUUAUGACGUUAUGGUGCAAGUUGGGAUGCUUUUACUUUGUAUCUUUGUUAUGUACUAAGAUUUAGGGUAUCAAAAUUAUUCAUGCAUGUUAGGAUUAAUGUUUUAAGGCAAAUAACAAUGAUUUUUCAUGGUUAUUGGUUCAAUUUUUUGUGUGGUUGACUAAACAAAUUAUUCAUUUUUCGUUGAGUGUGGUCUAUCUGGACCAGACCGAACCAGACCGCACAGGCGUGGUCUGGACCAAACCGUAUAGUUUGUGGUCUGGUCUGUGGUCUAUACUUCAACCUCUCGGUCUGGACCAUAGACCGUAUAUAUGGUUUGGUCUGGACCAGACCGCACCGUUUCCCAGCCCUAAUAACCGCUACUUCCUCCUUCAUUGAAUUGGAAUUGAAUCCCUCGAUUUGAGAUUUUGAUGUGUCUGGACUUUCUCUAUUUGUGAUUGAUUGUGUAUAUAAAAUAGGUCCUCUCAUCAUCAUAUGUAUCAUUUGUGCUUGAUACCAAGAUCCUCUUACUCUCUAGCUCCUCUUUCUUGAAAGAAUUUGAAGCCUUCGUACGAUCUCGCAAAAUGAAAAAUGACGCCCCAUAAGGCCAUAACUCGAGAUAAGUUGACGAAUAUCGAUUUGUAAACUUUGUAAUCAGCCUCUAACAUACGUAAUUGUAAUUCGAUCAAUAAUCCUAAAGUAUUUGUGAACUUUUCUGAUGUCUUUCUAAACGAUUCACAACUCAUCUUGACUCUCGAUCAAAUAGUUAUCUUACAAAGUCACGUAUUUAACGAUAAUAAACUGUCCACCCACAAUCCAACGAACACGAUGCGUUGUAAACAUUUUUUUCACUAGAUUGAGGGCGGCCACCAAAAUUCCUCCUUUCGGGAAUCAGGUUUGGACUUUGGGCGGGGUUUAAUAAGAUAUAUAUAGUAUUUAAUUCUUAAUAUUGAAAGUGUCGCCCCGAUUUCCCAAACGGAGAAGAGAAAUGAUUGACUGAGUUAGUCAGUUUGUCAAGUUCACUCCGUAUCUGUGUUGAUCGGACACGGAUCACUCCGGCCGGGCAACCCCAAAAAACACCACGCCGGAGAAGGAGGGAAAACGGAACUCCAAUUCGAUUGCCUUUCACCCGCUUGGCUCAUCUUCCGUCUGGUUGCCGAGAAAAAUCCCGCCGAUCAGUGUUCUGCCUACCUGCUCUUCAGUUAAGCUCCUCUGUGGUCCGCCGUAGGGUUUCUCUGAGCAAGCUUUCAGUCUGUAUCUUUUUCCUCUCGGUGGAGUUUUGGUUCGUUUUGCUGCUUCUUUCUCCCUAAUUCGUUAUUUACUUGUUUGGUUGCUAAGGAAAAUGAAUCCGAUCACUUCGAGACGUGAUGGUAAAGUUACUGCUGGUUCUCUGGCAGAAGUAGGUAGUAGGCAAGGAUUCUUCAGGCCAAGAACUUUGGAGACUUUAGCUUAGGAUUGAAUUCUGUGUUUUUGCUGCCACUAUGGGGGUUGCCGCAUAUUUCAUUUGAACUCUAUAUUAGUAUCAGACUAUCAGUGUUAGGACAAACUACAAGCUAGAUUGUUUCUGAUUUCCCGCAGUUGGUUCUUUUUUAUUAGAUAAUGACAUUGCUGGGUGUUUGCUAUGGCAGGAGUUUGAGUAGGAUCUCGGUGAAUGGCUCUUGCCCUCAAACUAGUACCGGUUUUGGUGCUUACUUACGCGUUGGUAAACAGCUACGCUGUUGAAGAUGGUUUUGGCCAGUGUGAAAAUGUUGUCAAGAAGUGGACCACCUCAGCUCUUGGACAAGAAGCUAAGGAAGACAAACAUACCCUUCGAGAUUUGUUGUUUUUUCUUCAUGUCCCAAGAACUGGAGGGCGCACUUACUUUCACUGUUUCUUGAAAAAGUUAUACUCUGGCUCAGAUGAGUGUCCCCGUUCUUAUGAUAAGUUACACUUUGACCCAAGCAAACAAAAGUGCAGGCUAUUGGUUACUCAUGAUGACUAUAGCAUGAUUUCUAAGCUUCCCAAGGAGAAAACUUCAAUGGUGACCAUACUCAGGAAUCCUGUUGACCGGGUCUUUAGUGCUUAUGAGUUUUCAAUUGAAGUAGCUGCUCGGUUUUUGGUGCAUCCUAACUUAACGUCUGCAACUCAAAUGGCUGGUCGCUUGCGGUCUAAAUCCCCCGGAAUGAGUACAUUGGAUAUAUGGCCUUGGAAAUACUUGGUUCCAUGGAUGAGAGAAGACCUGUUUUCUAGGAGGGAUGCAAGAAAGCUUAGAGGCUCAGAUAGAAUUGAGAGCAAUAACCCAUAUAGCAUGCAGGAGAUCGUGAUGCCAUUACUUCAAUAUAUAAAUGACCCUAUAGCUCGUGAUAUUGUUCACAAUGGAGCAACUUUUCAGAUGGCAGGAAUAACUAACAACUCCUACUUUCCAGAAGCACAUGAAGUGCGUCACUGUGUACUAAAAUACAAGGUCCUUGGAGAUUAUGUCCUUCAAGUUGCAAAGAAGAGGCUUGAUGAUAUGCUGUAUGUUGGUCUCACAGAGGAUCACAAAGAAUCUGCUGCAAUGUUUGCAAAUGUGGUCGGAGCACAGGUGAUAUCCCAGACAUUAUCAUCAAAUGCUACCACAAAGUGGAAACCGGCUAAUCAGAAAUCAGGCCAUAGCUCUUUAAUCUCAAAUCCCGAGGCUGACCACGAGGAUCAUCUAGUGGGGCAGACUAACACCACAGUUCAUUCCACAGAUCUUAUAAGUGACAAUAGAGAAAAUAUGACGGUGAAGAAACUAAUGGGGUCUUAUGAAGGCUGUAUAAAGAAUUUAAGGAAAACACAUUCGCGCCGUCGAACUCUCUCCCUGAGGAGGAUUGCUCCUGCAAACUUCUCCAAGACGGACCGAGUGAAGGUUCCUGAGAUGGUGCUCGAGGAGAUCAGAUCUCUGAACCAGCUAGAUGUGGAGCUUUAUGAAUAUGCUCGCAACAUCUUCACUAACCAACACCAGAAAAGUCUCUUUCAACCAUAUGACACCACUGAAGGCCUGGGAAGGCUGGGCAGCAUUUUCAGCAACUAUUCAUCAGAUGGAGGAGUAAUGUCGUUGAGAUUACUGUCACUGGGCAUGUUUGUGGCCUUGUUCCUCCUGCUUGUAUAUGUCAACGCCAGGAGGAAAAUAUCGAAAGUCAAAAUAUAGAACUGAACAGGUUAAAGAAAAACUCAUAGACGGAGCCAGGGCAUUUGAAUGUGGCAUGAGACACAUCUAGUUAUGUCAAACUACAAUUAACCGCCAUGUAUGUCAAUAUAGGAUGAUGAAUUCUACACCUCUGCACAAGAGCAUUUUGUCACUGCACUACAAUUCAUUUCUUGUGAUUUUAUUGUCAUAUGAUAAUGUACCAUAACUUAAAUCUCCACUUACAUCAAAUCCUUACCUUAAUCAACCACAGCUGAAUUAAAAAUUAGGGUUCAACCCGAAAUUAAAAUCUGGUAGUCACCGACGGAACCCUAAGAACGAAGGAAAAUCAAUGAAUCAAUCAAUCGCAUGGCCAUGGAUGGGAUCUCAAAUCUCAUCUAAUUCUUCACGUUCGCAUGUGAUUCCCACAUGCACCUUUGAAUUUCCUUCCCGCAAUAUCUCUAUUGUUUUUUUCUUUUCCCUUAGUUGAUAAUAAUAAUAAUUAUAAUUAUAAUUGAUUGCUUCCUCCUACAAAAAUAAUAAUUCCCCCCCCCACCAAACACACACUACAACACACCACCUUCUUUCCUCCCAAAUCUCCUUAAAAAAAAAAACUAAUCAAAAUCUUGAGGAAAUUGUUGCUUUAGAACAUAAGUUCAGAACGCCAGUUGUGGUAAUUUCUAUUAUUAGUCGACACAUAUAAUUAGAGGUUUCGAGAAAAGCAUCACGCGAAUCAGCUGAUAAGCUUUGUUUAAAGUUAAAGACGUCAAUUACACGUAAACACAAAAACAAGUAUCAUUGCACCUUUUUAAGAACGAUGAAAAUAUGCUUAUAAUGCAUUAAUCCAUCUAAGAAAGAACCAACAAACGCUCUAUAUUCGAGCAGAAAUAUUUGACAAACAAGUACGGUAACGAUGCAUCGUGAAUGAGCAUAGGCAUGGGCUUCCUGCUCAAUAGAUUGACAACCUCCUAAAGCUGGAUUUGGGAAGUCUCCAUGUCUCAUAAAUAUACGGAAUGUAAUUCUGCAGCCGAUUACUUAGCUAGUAAAUACCAUGUUUAUCCUUUUGGCACACAUCUAUUCGAUGUGAGCGAUCCAGAUUUAAUGCAUUGUUAUGAGAAUUUCCCAAGAACGUUUAGCUGAUACUAUGUAGAUCUGUGUUGCUUCUAUCCUUCUACCCAAAAAAAAAAAAACGAUGCAUCGUGAAUGAUCGACUUUGCCAGGUGUAUCUACAAAUUACAAAACGACCUUCAAAGCAAAAUGUUGUGUAAGGCUUUGAGGAACUUUUUUCCUCCUCCAUUCUUCUUUAUCCUUCCAACAUUUUUUCGUACCAUCAUUUAUCAACAAAAUUUGUUGUAUUGUUGUUUGGUGGCUCCAAGGAGAGAAAAAAAAUUAUAUGAUGCCAUGCACCUCUCAACCGUCGGUGCUCUCUCGAGAUCAUAUGAACAAACAAAUAAUUAAUUACGAAAAUAUCUCUUCUUUUUCCCAACUUCCACCCUUCCUAGUUCCUAUUGCUGCCUUUGUCCCUUUCUCUAUGUUCUAGUGCUUCACGUUCCACUCCUCUUCCUAUGCACUCGCCACUUCCCGCCCUUCGAUUCACAUCCAUCCCUUCCUCCGGGAAUGUUGUAGUAUUUCUCAUGCAUCGCCAAAUUGAAAAGAUCGAAAAUUUCCAUCCACUGCAUCUUAGAUUGUUCAAUAACAAAGAGCCGAGUUGGAAAAAAGGAUUGCAACUCAGAGCUCUGUUACGCGGAUCGAGAGUGUCACUAGUUUACGACAAUCAAUUCGCUUCCGGAUAGAUAAGGGUAAUACGCUCGUUUCGUGGUCACUAAAAUAACUUUCUGACACGCGCGGUAUGGAAUUGGUGCAAGCAUUAAUACAAAUCGAUGAUCGGUGAAACAUUGAAGCAAAAGAGCAUUUGCAUAAAUACAUGUUACACACCCUCUAAUAAAUGUCUAUUUCUGCA